UAUUGAAUGUUGUUCAAUUCACCAAUCAUAACUUGUAACCCUUCACCGGAGUACCACACUUCUUGUAAAUCGUGGCUACGAGAGUCGUGUUGUCCUAUACAAGAUACGUGUUUUGGCGUGGAGUCUUGUGACGAAAACUAUGAAACGCGUCCUGCUCCAGGCUCAGGACAGCGGUACACAAAAUGCGAUCUUGCGUCUUCUUGACUGGAUCUUGGGAUGGAAGGCAGACUCACAAACGAGUGACAGGUCAGCCUGUCCUUUCGCUAAGGAACAAUCAAGGCGAUAUCGUUACUUUUGCGCGGAGGCAAGACCACGCAAUCGUCCAUUGGCUGAGGCUGCAUGCGUAGGCUUACACUGCCUCAGCCUUGUGGGAUGGCGCAUUCAUCUCAUUAGCCUCCGGGUGCCCCUCCACGGAGACGGUGAUAGUUCAGUUGCUUUCACUUGUUCUCGGUAUGGAACUGCCAUCGGAUUUUGCUAGCAGAAAUGCAUAUUACGACGACUGGGAAGUACCACUUCAGCGGAUAUAUGCCAACCAGAAACAACUGUUUGACGAUAUGGGACCAUUCGACGUGCGCCUCCUUCGUAUGGUUCCUUUUGCCAGGAGUUCUCGUUGUCGCCGUUGAUGUGCUCCAAGGAAGCGAUGCUGACAGUAAUAAAAAAGUGGCAGA